AUGUCACGAGAAAGUGUCGGCCCUGCUGGCGGGUAUUUGUGCACCUGGGUAAAUGCACGUGUUAAGGCGGUCGGUAGAGGCGAGACAAGAAAGCGAGAAAACGAGCCUCCGUCGGCGCUGUCGUUAUCUUCUUCGAAGGGCUCUGCUUGUGCCAGGCCUGCGAAGAGGAGGAGGCGACGGGGGAGUGUUCGGGGUUCCGCUUGCGCGCCAGAGCGGUGGUGGGUGGGUGCAAGAGGGCUGUGUAGGGCUCACGAUGCGCAGAGUGGGCUCAAGGGCGCAGAUGUAGCUGUGGCUGGCGGUGAUCUCGAGCUCCUAGCAACCAGAGGCGGGGAUGCAGCUACCUGGUAA